UUAAAUCAGUCCUCUGUGCCCGAGGCCAUACUCUAGUUUCUCUUCUCUUCUUCUACGUUGCUCCGGCGUCCUCCUGCGUCUCUGUGCGCAAAAAUGGAAGCCACCGCCGUCAGCUCAGACAGUAGACCGACGAUCAUGGUCACCAACGACGAUGGAAUCGAUGCGCCCGGUCUUCGCGCUCUGGUUCGCGUCCUCGUCUCAACUCAGCUCUACAAUGUUCAAGUCUGCGCUCCUGAUUCGGAAAAAUCAGCUGUUAGCCAAUCUAUUACUUGGCGUCAUCCUGUUUCUGUUAAGAAAGUCGCUAUUGAAGGAACAACUUCUUAUGCUGUUUCUGGAACUCCAGCCGAUUGUACUUCUUUGGGAAUAUCCAAAGCUCUCUUUCCUUCAAUUCCUGAUCUGGUAGUCAGUGGCAUAAACAUGGGUAGCAACUGCGGUUAUCACGUUGUAUAUUCUGGAACGGUAGCUGGUGCUCGAGAAGCCUUUUUUAAUGGCAUUCCUUCUAUUUCUUUAUCUUAUGAGUGGGUUGGGGGUAGGAGCAAUAUAAAUGACUACACACUCGCUGCUGAGGCUUGCUUGCCCAUAAUAAGUGCAAUGUUAGCUGAUGCCAAGGCUCAAACUUUUCCACGAAGUUGUUUCUUGAAUAUUGAUUUUCCAACAGAUAUUGCUAACCAUAGGGGGUAUAAGGUAACCAAACAAGGUCGAUGCAUGUACAAAAUGGGUUGGAGAAGAGUUGCUUCUGAUUCUCAAGGAGGUAAAAUGUUGUCAACAAUGACGAUGGAGCCAGCAGCAUCAGUAGCGGAAUGUUAUAUGACAAAUGAAUCAUCUGAACUGUUUACGAGGCAGGUAAUAGGUGCACCUGUUGAUGACGAAGAUACAGAUUUCAAAUAUCUACGAGAAGGCUACAUUACCGUCACUCCUCUUGCUGCUCUGUCUCGUGCAGAUAUAGAAUGCCAAAACUUUUUGGAAGCUUGGUUGCCUGGUGUGGCUGCUCAGCCGUCUCCAUCUGCUUUAUAAUUCCGAACCAUAACAGAUCUGAUGAUCUAUUCUAUUGAAGGAUAGUACAACAUGAGUGUUCAUUCAAGGUUUCAGCAUUUUGUUAGAAGAUCAAACCUCGAGCGGAGUAGGGUUUCUUAUUUACUAUCAUUUGUUUCGUGCUGCCAGAGAGCGCAGGUAACUGUGUCAUGAAGAAAUAUAGGUCCCGACYGAUGAACUGUUACUGUUGACUGAUUCUUUUAAAACAUUCACUCAAUUGUGACACAAACUUGAAGAAAGGGUCUAAUAUUCUUAUGAUUGUUGUUUAGUUCCAGUAAGGUGUAUAGUUAUUUGCUCUGGUUUCUUGUUAUUAUUACAAAUCUUUGUGAGUUGUGACUUGAAAAGUAACAGAGAGAGAGUCAAAUUAGAAUUAUUGAUGAAAAUAUUAGAGAGAA